CCGUUCGCCAGCCCACUGCCAUCUGCCGGGCCCCGCCCCCACCACUCGUGUAAACACAAAAACAACAAUGGUCGGCGCGACGGCCCUUUUCUCCGCCGGCCGGGUCGCGAAUUUCGCCGUUUCAGCAGCUAGAAACAGGCAUGCUGAGCGAAUUUUAAGCUGCUCCGUUCGAUCAUUUAGCCUCUUGAGGACCUCUUCAUUGCUAUCUAAAAGAAUCGGCACCCAAUCUUUACUAUCACCAGAAGCAAGAAAUGUCGCACCUAAUACAAGCAGAGGCUAUUGUGAUGAACGUCCUUCGCCUAAGCUGAUGGAAUUUCCUCAGGUCCUGUGGCCUAGUAUUUUCAAAGUAAUAAAGAACUGGAUCAUGGCAAAAUUUGUCAUCACUCCCUAUUUCGACAGAGAUUUCGACCUCCGAGAAUUUGGCGAAGCCUCUCAACAGGCCGUGGAGCACGUUUCUCAGCAAUUAUCAAAAAACAACCUGGAUAGUUUACAAGGUUUGGUGUCGAGAGAAGCACUUGUUGAAAUUAGGAGCAGCCUCUCGAGGUUUUCCGUACAGCAGCUCUCGGAAAUCGCAGUCAACAAAAAUGACAUCUACUUUUGUUUCCCGCAUGAAGUUGGUGUCAUGUUUGAUGACGAGGAAGAGAGCCAAAAGCGUUACGUCGAGAUUACUAUGGUCUACUUUUUGAUGAAAGGCUUAGCUGAUUACAAAACGCAGCACGGCCAACCCCCAGACUUUAAUGCAUUGAGGGCAGCAGAAAAUCAGGAUAAAUUAUUUGUGUUGAACUACAGGUUCAUCAGGGAAUUCACCAAAGGCGUGUCUCCAGAUUGGACGAUCAACAUGCUGAACCACUACAAAGGUAGACCAAACUAAACUUUGAGUAAAGACUGUACCAGUGUGUUAAAGAAGUCUUUGGAAUAAUUUCAAAAUAAAUUAAAUGAUUAUUGUUUUUAAAAUAAGAGUGCCAGUUGUUGAUUUUGAGAAAAUAAAAAUCUAACAUUGGAAGAAUAUGGUGCUAAAU